CACAUCCCUAACCAAGAUUCGCAGGCUUGCCACAAUUUUUCCGUAAAAUUAACAAUUAAAAAUUGCAACAAGGAGCUCAACUCCAGCACUUGAGAGCUAUGGCUAUCCAGAAACCGUCGGAAGAGUGUAUUGUCCACAAGGUGUGCUAAUUAGCGAGAGCGCAGCGGCAAGUGAACAAGAGUGAAAAUUGAAUGCGUGUGUGUGUGUGCAUGUGUGUGGAAAAAGUGCGCGUGUGGGGAGAAGAAGAAAAACGCUGAAAACAGCGGCACGGCACGCUGUAAACAAUUUUGCGAAUCCAAAGAUUAUGAAUAUUGGGACCCACUAAGCCCCAGCAAAAUGACGGAAGCCUUCGACGAGGAACUGUUCGAGACUCGCCUGGAGGCGCUGAAGGACACGCAGGAGGGCAUACAGCAAAUGUCAAAUUGGUGCCUGCAGCACCGCUCCAACCACAAGAAGAUCAUCCAAUGUUGGCUUAAUGUUUUCAAAAAGGUUCGCGUGGACCACCGGCUGGUGCUCUUCUACCUUGCCAACGAUGUUAUCCAGUACAGCAAGCGCAAGCGCUACGAGUUCGUAGAGUGCUGGGCUACAGCGCUCCAGAGAGCCACCACCAUGGUGCGCGACGAACGCGUCAAGGACAAAAUUCUAAGAAUUUUCAAGAUCUGGGAGCAGCGCGAGAUCUAUAACGAGGAGUACUUGAGCGACCUGAGCGGCCUGCUCAACAUAGCGCCGCCCAAAAAGUCCCAGAUCGAUGUCAGUGACGAGUUCCAGAACGCCACGCUGAUUGCACAGAUGCGGGAAUGCGUCGAAUUGGCCGAGUCCACGGACAAAAGCAUGAAGAAGCUACCCAAGCCGCCUACCUUUGAAAUCGAGGUGAUCAAGCAGCAGCUCAAGGACAAGAGCCAUUCGGGCGACAUUGAAAAGGAGGUGGAACGGUGCGUGGCCUUCAUUAAUGCGUACAACAAGAACCUGCAGAACGAGAUUAAGAGCCGCAAGGCGGUCCUGGUCAGCCUGGAAGCUGCCAAGAAGUUUUACGAACACCAGGGCAAAGAGGUGAAGGUGGUGGCCAGUGCCUACAAGAGCUUCGGCACGCGCAUAAAAAUCGUAAAGCGAAAGCUGGACGAGACCAUACCCACUCUGGCCAGCCCCAUUCCCUCGCCGGACAUCAAUGCACCCUCCCCAGAGCGAGACGCCGACCUGCAGCUGCCCGAGGAGAAUAACACGCCGCUGGGCAUGAGCCUCUUUGGCGGCGGCUUGAAUGGCUUCUCCAGCUACCUGGACGGUGGCAAGCUGCCCUUUGACAUCAAUGACUUCAAGCGGGACUCGAAGGACAGGGGCAGCGCCAUAGAAGUGAUCGGUUCCCGCUCAGAUGACGAAGGCUAUGUGCCGAGUGCCAAUUUCUACAAGCCCGAGCCCAUCUCCGGCUCUAACAGCAGCGCCAUACCUGGUCUCGGUGGCGGCGGAGGAUCCGCCGAGUAUACACCCAAUCCGCCCCUCUUCAGCUCUAGUGGCAGCCAAGAGCAAUAUGUUCCGCCGCUGCCGUCGCAUCUCUAUGGCGGCAGUGGCAGUGUCGGCGGUGGAAGUGGCCUUCCGGAUGCGCAGUACACGCCAGCGCCGAUGCCACCGCCCCCAUUGCCACCGUCUACGGACCCCGCGGAUGAUUUCAACAGCACCUGGAACAUGAGCAUGUCGUGGACUCCGCUGGACUCGAGCCUAAACAGUAGCGGAGCUAGCUCCUCCUCGUACCCAGCGAAUCCAUCAACACCCCGCUCGCCGCCGCAUUUCGAGCGAAAAGGCAGUGCCACAUCCGCGCCCAUUGAGUACAAUGAGCAUCUGCCCGCAGGGCUGGGUGCCGAGGAUGUGGACCAUCGCACCCUGCAACUGCCGCCGGCCUUUGACUUUGGCUCUGCCAAGUUGGGCCUGAGCAAGGACAAGUCCCGGCAGCUGGUGGAUAUAGAUCAUAGGAACCUGAUAUCACUGACGGGAUCGCCGGGCGGAGCGGAGAAGGACUUUGCUGGCGGCGAUGUGGACUAUCGGAUUGUUCCCAAUCCCAAUGACGAGGGCAGCCUUAUGGCGCCGCCUGGCAACGGGAGCUAUGCCAAGAGCAAGACCAGCUCGCCGCUUAAAUCGAAUGCCACAGGCUCCUCCUCCGAAUCGGACCGCGUGGAUGGCGCUGCCCGGUAUGAUCCCGCUGAUAUGGUUAUCGAUAUGGAUAUGUCAGACGACGAUAUCGACGAGUCAUUGAGAGAGCCAAAGGAUAAUCAGGCAGAGGCUGAUGGCGACCGCAAUGGAGCAGCCACGCCUUCGCGCCCUGUUUUGCUGGAGACGCCGCAGGACUUCCUGAAUCCCUGGGAGACGACUGGUAACAAUAACUUUUUGCAGGACGACGAAGAUGCCGAGCAGCUGCAGCAGCGGCAACACCAGCAGGAGCUUCACCUUCAGGAGCAGGAGCACCAUCAUCAGGAGCAUCAUCUUCAGGAGCAGGAUCAUCAUCAAGCGCAUCUCCAUCAGCAGCAGCCCUGGAAUCAAAUGCCUCCAAUGCACAUGGCUGGCAGUGCUCCUCCUCCGCCACGGCCUCCCUUUGGCUCACCCUUCGCGCCCUUCCAACGCUUUCCGGGACCACCAAUGAUGAACAACGGUCCCGACGGAAUGCCGCCACGCGGCGGUGGGCGCGGUGGCCGUGGCCGGGGCUGGGGUGGGCCGGGACCAUUCAGGCCGCCAUUUCAGAGGAUGCCGGGACCAGGAUUCGAUGGCGGACCACGACCCUUCUUCCCCCGAGGCGGAGGUCCGAUGAGAGGACGGGGUCCCAGGCGUGGUAAAGCGUGGAUGAUGUAAUUACGUAUUCUAAACAAAAAUGAGAGAAAAGCUGUCUCUCUCGGUUUUAGUUUUUAGUCUUCAGCUUAUCUCAGCUUUGAUUUAAACAUUUAAGAUGGAAAAUGUAUUGUACAGGACAACACACUCACACAUUACACUUUUAGUAGCCUCUAAUUUAUGGGCGGGACGUUGGCCGCUAUUGGAUUUUAAUUUUUUUAUAAAAAUGCUUGUUUCGUUUUUUUACCUUUAAAAAGCAAUAUAUAAAAUUAUGUCUAGCGAAAAAGUUAAAUAAAAUUAAUCCCACAGCUGCGUCGUUGAGGUGUUUUAUUGUGCUACAAAUCUGACUACUUUUAAGGAUCCCGAAGAGCCAACGUCCUGCCAUGACUUCACUUUGCAUCCUCUUAGUUUAAGUUUAGAGUGUUGCCUUAGCUUUCUGUAACUGCUAAGUCGCCAUUGCUGCUAGUUUUUACCUUUUACCUAUUAGGAAUUGUAAAUAAUUAUAAACCUAAGUCCAAAAUAUAAUUUCUAAACACUUUUCACUCCCUUAACGGAAAUAUACAUAUAUUAAAAUCUUCUUAUAAACUCGUUAAUCUGUUUUAGUAAUGAAAAUUAUCCAGAUAAUUACCAACCUUAAAAUAAAUGCAAUAAAGUUUGAUUUCAUUUACUAUAUAUUUACUGGUAACUUUUAGGCACAUUUUAUGGAUUACCGGAUUUUGCCAGAUAAGACUAUUCUAUAAGCAAAAGACGCUUAUUAGAUUUUUUAAUUAAAUGUAAUUCAUUAAUUCAUUUUUUCUGUUUCACUUGGACUUUAGGACUAUUAUUAUUUAAAUUUUUAUUUUAUUUUUGUAUGUAUUUAUUAUUUAACAUUUUUUCAUUAUUUAAUUUUUCUUUUUUAAUUUAAAUUUGUAUAUAUUUAAAAUUUUUUAAAACAUGGCCAAGUUAGGUAGUUCAACAAUUUAGCGUAAUUUCAUAUUCAAACAAUCUAAACAAUUAUACAUAUAUUCAACAAAUUAAUAAUUUAAAAAUAAACAUUUUUGACAAUUAAAAACUUAAUUAUAUUCAAGAGCAUGAAACCAUAUUAUUUCGAAAUAUAUUCACAAUUCCUUCAUAUUAAAUAUAUCAAAAGAUUAAUAUUCUUUCUUUUUGUGCAAUAUUCUAUAAAAAAUGUACGGACUGAUUACAACCUUUACUCGAAUUUCUCACACCAUCUUAGGUUAUUUUCAUUACAAUUUACAUAAAUAAGUUAAAUCAUUUACAAUAUAAAUAAAUUAAUAUGUAUUGUGAGGAGUGUUUUAAGUAAUAUAAGUAUUAAUAUAGAUUGAGAAGAGUAUUCAAUGUAAGAUUCAUGUUAGACUUUUAGAUGUACGAAUCGUGGUAAUAUAUAAUUAAGAGUUAUAUACAAAAUACAAGACAUGUGAUAUUCGGAA